UGAUGGUUCCGCUCUCCUCUCCUCUCCGGACGGACACCAUGUCGCUCCGCUCCGCGCUGCUCGCGCUGCUGAGCAGCUGGACUUUCCUGAGCCCGGGAUCCAGCACGGACUUCCAGGAGUUCGGAACGGGGAUGAACUUGCCGCGGCAGCAGGACGCCGUGACGGAACACAUGCGGAUGCUCUACUCCAAGUACAACCGAGCGGGCUUCUCCUUCAGGGACGGGAACACGGUCCGGAGCUUCCAGGCGCACUGGGGUUCGGUCCACCAGCGGCACCUGCAGAUUUUCAACCUGACCUCUCUGACCCGGUUCGAGGAUGUCCUCUCCGCCACACUCCACGUCUACACAGGAGGCUGCUCCGGGUCUGGGACCUGUGCCCGCCAUGUCCCUCGCCGCCACUCUCAGGUCCGCGUGGUCGUGUCCUGCUUCAGUUCUGUGGACCAGCAGAUGAGGACUUUGGGUCACUUCUGGGUCAACGUAUCGACAACGCAGCGAGUCACCUGGCAGUGGAAGGACAUCACGCGGCUGGUGAACCGGGCCAAGCACCAGGACCGGCUGAUCUUGUCCAUCGAAGUGGAUCGAAAGGACGUCCUGUCGGAGCGGAUGCCAUACAUCCUGGUCUACGCCAAUGAUUCCGCCAUCUCCGAGCCGGAGAGUGUGGUGUCCACUCUGCGCCGCCCAGUGUCCGGAGACAGACACCCGUGGAACGGCACGGCACUGUGGCGGCGCCGUCGCUCCGUCAACGUCCUGCUCCCCCUCCAGAACAACGAGCUGCCCGGGCCCGAGUACCCAUACGAGCCUGUGGGCUGGGACGAGGCCGGCCCGUACGAAUCCUUUGCUGACAAGCCGAACCGCCGGAGUCGAAAAAAGACACGCAAGAACCCGCGCCACAAGAUGGCGCUGCUGCAGUUUGACGAGCAGACGAUCAAGAGGGCUCGCAAGAAGCAGCUGGACCAGCCGCGCAGCUGCGCACGCCGCUACCUGAAGGUGGACUUCGCCGACAUCGGCUGGAGCGAGUGGAUCAUCUCCCCCAAGUCCUUCGACGCCUUCUACUGCGCCGGCUCCUGCCAGUUCCCCAUGGCCAAGGCCCUGAAGCCAUCCAAUCACGCCACCAUCCAGAGCAUUGUGCGUGCGGUGGGUGUGGUCACCGGCGUGCCUGAGCCGUGCUGUGUCCCCGAGAAGAUGUCCUCACUCAGCAUCCUGUUCUUCGACGAGGACAAGAACGUGGUGCUGAAGGUGUACCCCAACAUGACGGUGGAGUCCUGCGCCUGCCGGUAGCUGGGCCUUCAUCAUCAUCAUCAUCAUCAUCAUAAUCUUCGUGAACCACAGUCCGGCUCACUAGGACGCUCCAGGACGAGCACCGACUGGAGGACUCUUCGCUCCAGAGACACAGAGGCGGCGGCCGUCUUCACUCACGUGUGAGGGGUCAACCUGGUAAUCUAUAAUCUACCACCUGCAGCUUCAGUCUGAACUUCAAGCGUCAGGAUGGAACUCUGAAACUGAGUAUUUCACCUCUAUAUUUCAUUACAGCUAUUUUGAUAUUCAACAUUUGAUAUAUAUGGGCUGGAGGACGACUUCAGGUCGAGUUACUGGGCCCAGGUUUCCCGCUCUCUCUAGUCGCCUCAGGCCAUAAGGCCGAGUAUUUAUUCUGAGGAGACGCAGCUGAUUUUUCUCUAGACGUUUGUACAGUUUUUGUAAAUAAAUGUGUGACAGAGCAGCCGCCGCAAGGGGGCGACAGUCAGCACCAUGUGGUUUAAAUUAUGUUUGCUAAUAAAGACAUGUGAGGGUGUGAAUCACUUCAGAUGAGCUCAACAAGGAGCCAAAUGAUUCCUGCUCUGAUCUGACAGGCAGGAUUGGGGAGGAGUCGACAAAAGACCAAGUCAAGUGGAUAAUCUUUGGAGAAACAUUUAGGUUUUCCUUCCGUAGUCAAGCCAACAGGGGGCGCUGCAGCAACAUCGAAUUGUUGCUUGAGGGAGAGGUCAGAGGUUACAGCCUGUUGGGGUCACCUGAGGUCAUAAGAGUCAGAGACGCGGCUGCAAGGUGUUUCAUGUCAUGAGUGAACAGACAGGAAGGACCACUGGGGGCGUGGUCUGUUAGUCAUCGUCUCCG